ACCUCGUUUACCCAUGAUCAUCUCUUAUAAUGUAUGCCGCGAUAGUCUAUGCGAAUUGGUUCAAGAAAGCAUGGCUGGUAUCGAUAUUCGUUAAUAUUGUAGUCGCUGAUGAGACAAAUCCCCAAACAGUCCAAUGGUCUUCUAAAUCCUACGGUCCAGAUGGACCAUGGCAAGCAAUCUCAGUCUCGAUCGGCACUCCAGCUCAAAGAAUCGAUCUCCUUCCUGGAGGAGUAUGGGCAUCACCCGUCUUAGCACCUUCCGUCUGCUCAAACGGCGCCGCCUGCCAAAUCGUUAACCUGGCAGGCUUCUACGACUCUACCAAAUCCAGUACCACCUUCCAGAUCGGCCAGACAGGACAAGUCGUCAACUCCUCUCUGGGUGGAGCAGAUGCCGCCUUGGGUUCUGUGACUGGAAGUGCAAAUUGGAUGUUCGACACAAUGUCCAUAGAAAUGCGCGACGGCGUUGUCGGGAACACAUAUUACGCUGUGGUUCAAGAUUUUGAUUUGCUGGUCAUGUCUGAAGCACUCGAGAAACUUCCAGAUGGUACGACGUAUCCUAUACAAAUCGGACAUCUGAGUCUGGGAGCUCCUGAGUUUAAUGAGUCGUGGUUGCAUUUCCCGCCGAAUCCGAAAUGGAAUGGGACAUUGCUUCCAAGUACUCUUUUCGGUCAAGGGAACGCGCCGUCAAAUUCUUACGGGUUACAUAUUGGGAGUGCAGAUUUGGGUAUACCAGGUUCUCUCAACAUUGGUGGUUUUGAUCCAAGUCGUGCUCUGGAACCGAUCAGUAGCCAAGUAUAUGCUAUUGACCGUCUACCCAUCGACCUCCUAGACAUCGGCGUCGGAGUCGCAGAAGGAGCAUCACCCUUUAACUUUACAUCUCAAACCGGGCUCCUAGCACAAGGCAACUCCUCCCUAGGAAUCUCAACCACGGUCCUUGUCGAGCCUCAAGUUCCCUAUCUCUACCUCCCUCAGAGUACUUGUGAUGCAAUCACGCAAUACCUCCCCGUCACAUUCCAACCUAAAUACGGCCUCUACUUCUGGAAUACCAAUGACCCCAACUACCAACGAAUUGUAACCUCCCCCUCAUUCCUCUCCUUCACCUUCCGCCUCAACAGCAGCAUCUCCCAAAACAUGACCAUAAACCUCCCCUUCGCCCUCCUAAACCUCACCCUCACCGCGCCCCUCACCUCAACACCAACAUCCUACCUUCCCCUGCGGCCCGGCCCGGGACCAAGCGGGUCUUACGAACUCGGCAGAGCAUUCCUGCAAACUGCGUUCAUGGGCGUAAAUUGGCAGACCGCAAGCGGAGACGGGGCCGGAGUCUGGUUUCUGGCGCAGGCGCCGGGUCCGAAUACGCCGUCGAGUAAUCCGUUGACGGUUAUUGGGGCCAAGGAUAGUGGGAUUGUGGGGAGUGAUGUUAGUUGGGCGGAGACGUGGAAGGGGAGUUGGAGUGUGCUUGGAGCUGCUGGGAGUGCUUCGACGGCAGUUUCGAAUUCGAGUUCGAGUUCGAAUGGGUCGUCCUCGCAUGGAAGGGAGAAAGUGGGUGUUGGGGUUAUUGUUGGCAUUGUGGUUGGGGCGUUGGUUGUUGUGGUGGCUUUGUCUCUUACUUUGCUUUAUUACAAGCGGCAAAAGGCGAAGAAGGAGAUCUUGGAGACCGCAGGGACAGUCUCUUAUGGUCCAAUUGGUGAAAUUACUGCAGGACCAUACAAGGACUCGGGAUAUGGACCGAGGGAGUUGGAAGCUAAAUACGAGCUUGCGAAACCCGUUGAGAUGGCGGGAUGAGGAUUUUACAGCUAUUCCUUAGAAUGAAAACAACAGAGGAGAAACCGAGGGAGACAAAGGUGGUUCAGCAGUUGCGCGGGUUCUCGGCACCUGCCCCGCAACACUACGUCUUGACCGUGUUGAGAAGACAGUAUGAUGAUAUCGAUUAUUGUUUAAUGGUUGCGUCAUGAUGACACUCAUCCCUAGAUAGCCAUCUCUGAUCCAUCUUCUAGGUAUUGCAUGGCCAUUGAUGAUGGCGAAGUGGGGCCUCUGGUUGACAGAUUGACAAUUCUACAGCAUGAGGAGUGUAAGGAGUAUUUCAAAGGAAAGUU